AUUUCUUAUUGCUGUGCCCGAGAGGCAGGUUGCCUUGGAUCUGUACCUAUGUUGAGAUGCUCUGAAGAAUAGCAGCCACCUCAGGAAUGUUUAUUGCCAUACAAUGACUAAAACAAAUUCCAUCAUCUUCUAUUUUAUCAUUGUCUUAGAAUUGAUACUUAUCAAAAUCCAACUAUCUGAUGGAAGUGAGCUCAUCAUUAGGAGACCAAGAGCAAACCUCACCCAUGUGCCCAAAGACCUACCCUUGGCAACAACUACUUUAGAUAUAUCACAAAACAAUAUAUCUGUGCUUCAGGCUUCUGACAUCGUCUUGCUGUCCAAGCUGAGGGUCUUGGCGAUGCCCUACAACAGACUCCAGUGUCUUGAUAUGGGUGUUUUCAAAUUCAACAUGGAACUGGAAUAUUUGGAUUUGUCCCACAACGAGUUAAGGGUGAUUUCUUGCCACUCAGCAGUCAACUUCAAGCACUUAGACCUCUCCUUCAAUGCAUUUGAUGCCCUGCCCAUAUGCAAGGAGUUUGGCAACAUGUCCCAACUAGAAUUUCUGGGACUGAGUGGUACUAAGGUACAAAAUUCAAGUGUGCAGCCGAUCUCUCGUUUGAAUAUGAGUAAGGUUUUGCUGGUUUUGGGAGAUGCUUACGGGGAAAACGAAGACCCCGGGAGUCUUCAGCAUGUCAGCACGAGGAGCCUGCAUGUUGUUUUCCCUGUGAAAAGAGAAUUUCGUUUUAUUCUGGAUGUAUCAGUCCGCACUGUAAUCAAUUUGGAACUAUCUAACAUCAAGUGUGUACUUGAAGACAAGUGCUCUUAUUUCUUCAGGGCUUUGUCAGAGCUUGAAAAGAAUGAGAAGCUAUCAAAUCUUACCUUAAACAACGUUGAAACGACAUGGAAUUCCUUCAUGGGCAUCCUCCAGUCUGUAUGGCAUACACCUGUAAAGUAUUUCUCAAUUUCAAACAUGAAACUACAAGGGGAAGUUGAGUCAAGAGAUUUCGAUUAUUCCAACACUUCUCUGAAGGCUUUGUCAAUAUAUCAAGUUGUCAGUAAUGCGUUCAGUUUAUCACAAAAUUACCUAUACAGUAUCUUUUCCAAUAUGAACAUCCAAAACUUCACAGUGUCUGGAACACGCAUGCUCCACAUGCUUUGCCCAUCCCAAGUUAGCCCAUUCCUGCAUUUGGACUUUACAGAUAACCUCUUAACAGACUCGGUUUUUGAAGAUUGUAGAAACUUGAUUGAAUUGAAAACACUUAGUUUACAAAAGAACCAGUUAAAGAAACUUGAAAAUAUAAUUCUUAUGUCUGCAGAGAUGACAUCUCUACAAAAGCUAGACAUUAGCCAGAACUCUCUAAGCUAUGGUGAGGGGGAAAGCCUGUGCUCCUGGACUGAGAGUUUGCUAGUUUUAAAUUUGUCUUCAAAUAUGCUUACUGACUCUGUCUUCAGAUGCUUGCCUCCCAAGGUCAAGGUCCUUGACCUUCACAACAACAGAAUAACGAGCAUCCCCAAAGAUGUCACCCACCUGCAAGCUUUGCAGGAACUCAACGUUGCAUCCAAUUCUUUAACGGACCUUCCUGGAUGCGGGGCCUUCAGCAGCCUCUCUGUGCUGGUCAUUGAGCAUAAUUUAGUUUCCCACCCCUCAGCAGAUUUCUUUCAAAGCUGUCAGAAGAUUAGGUCCAUAACAGCAGGGGACAACCCAUUCCGAUGCACAUGUGAGCUGAGAGAAUUUGUCAAAAACAUCGGCCGAGUAUCAGGAGAAGUGGUCGAGGGCUGGCCUGAUUCUUACACGUGUGACUCCCCAGAAAGCGCUAAGGGGACUCCACUGCAGGACUUCCACAUGUCUGCAUUGUCCUGUGAUACUGUUCUGCUGAUUGUCACCAUCGGGGUCACUUUGCUGCUGUUGGCUGCCAUCGUGACUUUCCUCUGCCUCCGCUUUGAUCUGCCCUGGUAUCUGAGGAUGGUGUUUCAGUGGACACAGACCCGGCACAGGGCCAGGAACAUCCCCAUAGAGGAACUCCAGAGGAAUUUCCAGUUUCACGCUUUUGUCUCAUACAGUGGGCAUGAUUCCACCUGGGUGAAGAAUGAAUUACUACCAAACCUAGAGAAAGAUGGCAUACGGAUUUGCCUCCAUGAGAGAAACUUUGUCCCUGGCAAGAGCAUUGUGGAGAAUAUCAUCCAUUUCAUCGAGAAGAGUUACAAGUCCAUCUUCGUGUUGUCUCCUCACUUCAUCCAGAGUGAGUGGUGCCAUUAUGAACUCUACUUUGCCCAUCACAAUCUCUUCCAUGAAGGGUCUGAUAACUUAAUCCUGAUCUUACUGGAGCCCAUUCCACAGUACUCCAUCCCUAGCAACUACCACAAGCUUAAAACUCUCAUGGCACAGAGGACUUAUUUGGAAUGGCCCACGGAGAAGAGCAAACAUGGACUUUUUUGGGCAAACCUAAGAGCAGCCAUUAAUGUCAAGCUGGUUAACCAAGCAGAAACCACAUGUCACAUACAGAGAUAAGAAUUUUCUCCUUAUCAGUGGUGCUGCCUUGGACAGUUCUGAUAAUGGUGCCCUUGGCUUCAGCAUGAACCUAAAAAUGAUUUUGACAUUAUGAUAGAGAAAUUUCUGCUUUCAAGCCCCAGUUUGCCACUAGUGUGUGGUAAUAAAAAUUAGUGGAGUGCUAUAAUUUUAGGCCUUGCUUUGGUCCAGUAUUUCCUCAUUAUGUUCCCUUUCCUCCCUUAAGCAUGGUAAUAUAUAUCCUGUGUCAUUGUGUUGGAAAUAUGUGAUCUGCUUUUUGGGGGAUUACAGUUAAGAGAUUGCCAUGAGUCCCAGAAGAGAUUUGGGCUUUUAAACAGUGCCAAUACUGUGAUAGACUAUGGGGACUUUUGAAAUUAGACUGAAUGCAUUUUUACAUUAUGAUAUGGCUACAAGUCUAAGGGUUCAGGGAAUGGAAUGUGGUGAUUUGAAUUGUAAUGGUCCCCAUAGGCUCAUAUAUUUGAAUGCUUGGUUAUUAAGGAAUGGCAUUACUUGAUAGGGAUUAGGAGAUGUGUCCUUGUUGGGGUAGAUAUGGCCUUGUUGAAAGUGUGUCCUUGUUGGGGUAGGUAUGGUCUUGUUGAAAGAAGUGUGUCACUAGGGGUGGGCUUUGGGGUUUCAAAUGCUCAAGCCAGGCUUGGUGGCUGUCUCUGCUGCCUGUAGAUAGGGAUGCAAAACUCUCAGCUACUUCUUCAGCACCAUAUAACUGCCUGUAUGCCUCCAUGCUCCCAACCAUGAUACUGGACUGAAUCUCUGACACUGUAAUCAAGCCCCAAUUAAAUGCUUUCCUUUGUAAGA